GCUGUCUGGCCUCAGCCUAGCUUCUCUGAUUUAUCAUCUACCGAACAACUUCUGGCACCGAAUUUUGUACUACCUUCAAAGCCAGACAUAACGAAUAAAAGCAAUGAAGGAAAAAGCAGAGGAAUAAAUGUAGAACUGAACAGUCCUUCCUUGGAUUUGAAGAAUUGAUAAGAUCGCAGCUACGGUUACAUCUGAAUUCUCUAGCUUUACAUUCCAUUGAAAAUAACUAGACACCUCUCAGCUAUAUAAACACUGCCCUGGGCAACUGGCCUGAAGGUGCCGUUUUAAAUUCACUAGUUGUUUUAUUUCCUUAUGGAAAAAGACAGUUUCCAGAAGUCAGAAUUAGAGAAAAGUAGGUCUUCCAAAAGAACUACUCCCAAAAGAAUUAUCCAUUUUGUUGAUGGAGACAUCAUGGAAGAAUACAGCACCGAGGAGGAGGAAGAGGAAGAAAAAAAGGAACAGAAAACAAAUUCAACACAUGAUCCUUCUAAACUCUCAUGGCAGUCAUACCUAUGGUUUUGGGCAGGGCAAAUAGCAAGCACCUCAUUUUCUACAUGUGAAUUUCUUGGUGGAAGAUUUGCUACCUUCUUUGGUCUUACUCAACCCAAAUAUCAGUACGUGUUAAAUGAGUACUAUAGGACACAAAAUAAGGAAAGUGACAAGGAAAGUGAAGGAAAUGGGCCAAAGGCCCGGCCAACCAAGGUUCCUAAUGAAAAGUGUCAUCUGGAGGCUGGGGGCCAAGAGUAUGGAACCAGACAACAGGACACGGUGGAGGGUGUUCCUCGGCGGAGCGCCUCACCCAGGGAGGGCCUGGCAGCUGAUUGCAGCUCAUAAUGGGCAGCAGGACUGUGGUUCCUCUGGAUGUCUGUUCCACCACCACUGACGACCAUGGCAACAGCCAUAGGUAGUGCUUCUGAGCCAGUCCUGAUUUUCAUCUCCUUGUGAUUUAUUCUCUAGCAUCCAGUGAUUGCAAAGCAGUGAUGAGAAUAAUUAUGGAUGCUUUCUCAAUUUUAUAAGCCUCCAACUCAACUCCCCCCCCAAACCCCCCUUCCCUGGUUGUGAUCUAUUAGUAUUGACAUUUGCACAGAAGUGUAAAUGACUUAAGGAAUUGGAUCUGGCAGUGUGGGGCUGAAAACUCUUCACCAUGGGGCUAGGGUGCAGAAAAGAAUCUCUGUUCCUCAGAAGAAACUUUGGGCAUUAUGAAGUCUAAGUCCCCUUUCAAGGUUUGGUGUAAUGUGGGUGCUUCCCAGUAACCACCCUGGCUUAAUUGGGGCUUGCUUUACAAUAAGCAAACAUUGCUAGCAAUUCUGUUUCAAUACAUCAAAGUCUUUGAGAAUUGGGUACAUGUCCCUCCACACAGUUAAACAACAACAACAACAACAACAACAACAACAACAACAACCACCUAAACUCUGGAAAAAGUAUUUGGAAAAAUGGAUGAGCCUGUUUAUUUGCCAGCAAAAUUUAAAAACCUGGAAAGAUCAGGGGCACCUGGGUGGCU